GGGCUGCAUGGGUAGUCAAAAAACAAACUGACACGUGACAUUACCGGUUUCCUCCAAACGAACACGUGUGUCGUUGUUAAGCUUUGUAAACCGCCAACAAAACAAACAAACAACGUUGUCCAUACAACUUUUCCUAGACUUCUCCAAAUCUUCUGCAUUUUUCGUAUUCUAAGAACAACAACAAGAAAAGAAAAUGGAUAACAGAACACGGUUAAGAGUUCAAAACAAGAAACCAAUUAAGCGCAGCGGAAAGAAACCGUUCGUAAAAAAGUUUUUGGAUUAUCUUAAAUCUGAUACCUUUUUGUAUGCUCCUCUUAUCUCGCCUCAACCUUGUGGUUUUCCAUCAUCCAAUUCCUUCAAAGUGGUGGAGCUGAAAAGGCCUAUAAAAAAGAGGCACUGGUUAAAGGAGUAUGUAAAAUCUCAUGGUUAUAUGUAUGAUACUGUUCUUGAGCUUCCACUUUCACCUCAAGAACCUCUGAAGGACAGAAAAGCGACAAGGAUGGAUGUUUCAGCUGGAACUUCACCAAUGAAUGUCAAUAAACAACAAGAUAACGCCUUAGGGAAUGUGAACCAAAGGUCUGAAAGUCAUAUUUCUCCGAUGCGACUUACUCAGGGACCAAAGGAAACCGUGAAACACACCGUGUACCAAACUUGUCGCACAACUUCAGCUUCAGGAAAUGUGACCCUCAACUCACAGCUGAGAGCUCAUACUUGAUGGAACCCUUUGGAUGGAUAUAAGUGUGAACAUACAAUAUAGUAACCUAUACAGGGUGUUGUUUUAAGUGAUCAGAGUUCAUAAUCAUAUCAUGAAUGUAUUUAGAAUUUCACUAGCUAUAUUACUAAUGUCGAAUUUGUAUUAACUUGUUUUGAUAUGCUUUACAUGUGAUCUAUAAGAUGUUUCAUUGUAGUUUUAACUAA